AUGUUGAUCUUUGAUCCCCCCACCACUCCUCGUUGGGGGGACGUGACAGAUGAUGUGCGGCAGCUCAUCCGUCAGCGCCUUCAGCGAGAUUCCAUCACUGGCCAGGAGCCCGGACCAGUAGACUUUUACAAAGGGACUCACUGUCGGCAGGCGACAGGAUCUUGGGUACAUCCUAGAGCCAGCGAGAUUUGGGAGGAGAUGAACACCUUACGCAGUCAGCCCACUCCCGAUGGUACUCAGCGGAGUGAGCCAGAGAUCCUGAGUCAGGUGCUUGGUACCCGUUCUGGAUAUGUGCGUGGGUUUGGCCAUGGUGCCAAGCUCAUGGCACCCGCUAGAGCUGCCUCCAGCCGAUCCAUCGUCGUUGGCGACAGCGCCGUACGCCGAGCUGAUACUGCAGAGAGAGAGGUUCAGCAGCUACGGGUCAUCGUCGAUGACAUCAAAGAUCAGCUGGAUAGACAGAGGGAGGAGCAGGCGAGGCAGAGGGAGGAGCAGGAGAGGAGGAUGGAGGAGUAG